GCUCCUUCAUUCGGGUUUCAGGAGAUCUCUCUUGGAGCUGGAGAGGAGAGGUCCGCCGUCUCUCUCUCCUCCAGCCGCCGCCGGGCUUCUUCUCUGCAUCCUCCCGCCGCUUCACCAUGGAUCUGUGGACUAAAAGAGUCGCUGGGAUUAUCGCUCGGGUCGCCCUGCUCCUCUCCUGCUCGUACGGGACAACCGGUGAAGAGGUAUGUGAUAGCCCGCUGGUGUCCAAUCUGCAGCCAUCAUCCUUCAGAAGCUCUUCCCAGCUGUCCAGCAGCCACGCACCAGGCUUCGCCAAACUCAACAGGAGAGAUGGAGCCGGAGGUUGGUCUCCUCUCGUCUCAGACAGAUAUCAAUGGUUGGAGGUCGACUUGGGCGAGCGGACCAAGAUCACCGCCGUCGCCACGCAGGGUCGCUACGGCAGCUCUGAUUGGCUGACAUCCUACCUGCUGAUGUUCAGCGACACUGGACACAACUGGAAGCAGUACAGACAGGAGGACAGCAUCGGGUCUUUUCCAGGUAACAGUAAUGCAGACAGUGUGGUUCAGCACAAACUGCAGCAGCCGGCGAUCGCUCGCUUCCUCCGCCUGAUUCCUCUGGACUGGAACCCCAGUGGGAGGAUCGGACUCCGGCUGGAGACCUAUGGAUGUCCUUACACCUCUGAUGUGGUGAGUUUUGAUGGAGGCAGCAGUAGUGGUCUGGUGUUUAGGAGUCCGGUGCCGAGGAGGACCUCCAGAGAUGUUGUUACUCUGAAGUUUAAAACCCUGAGGAAUUCUGGGACGCUGCUGCAGGCAGAAGGACGAGAUGGACUCAGCCUCAGUCUGGAGUUGGAGAGAGGAAAGCUGCUGCUGCUGCUCAAACAAGGCAGGACUUCACCCUCUGAACCGCAGCGUCUCGCUUCCCUCGGCAGCUUGUUAGAUGAUCAGCACUGGCACCAUGUAGCAGUGGAGCGGCGGAGCUCUCAUCUCAACCUCACCGUGGACAAACACACAGAAAGAGUUCAGAUCCCUGCAGAGUUCAGCCACUGGGACGUCGAACAGCUGAGUGUGGGAGCCGUUCAGAGUUUCAGUUCACAGAAAUCACUCGUCUCCAAGAGAAACUUUCAAGGCUGCCUGGAGAACCUGCUGUACAACGGCCACAACCUGAUAGAACUGGCGAAAAACAACGACCACCAAAUUACUGUUGUGGGCAAUGUGACCUUUUCUUGUGCUGAGCUGGUUUCCGUCGCCGUGACGUUCACCGGCCCCCAGAGCUUCCUGCAGCUGCCGGGGGCGACGGCGUCCUCGUCAGGGGGCGUGUCUUUGGGUUUCCAGUUCCGGACGUGGAACAAGGCGGGGCUGCUGCUCACCUUUGACCUCCCUCAGCAGGGAGGUGUGGUCUGGUUGUACCUGAGUGAGGCCAGACUCCGGCUGCAGAUCCAUAAAGAGGGCAGAGCGCUGCUGGAGCUCACUGCAGGUGCUGCUUUGAAUGACGGUCAGUGGCAUUCGGUAGAGAUGAACUCCAAAAGAGGACGUCUGACUGUCGCUGUGGAUAAAGAAGAAGGAGGCAGUGCUCAGGCUAGCCCGUUGUUUCCUGUCUCUAUAGAAAGUCACCUCUUCUUCGGCGGUUGUCCAGCUGAAGACACCAGUCAUGAGUGCAGAAACCCCUUCAACGUCUUCCAGGGCUGCAUGCGUUUGCUGACUCUGGACAACCAAAACAUGGACCUGAUCAUGGUGCAGCAAAAGCAGCUGGGAAACUACAGCAACCUGCAGAUAGACAUGUGUGGAAUCAUUGACAGGUGUUCCCCGAGUCGCUGUGAACAUGGCGGCCGCUGCACUCAGUCCUGGACCGUCUUCCACUGUAACUGCUUCGACAGCGGAUACAGCGGAGCCACCUGCCACAGCUCUGUGUAUGAACAGUCCUGCGAGGCGUACAAACACAACGGCAACACGUCGGGACAUUUUUACAUCGACGUGGACAGUAGUGGACCGAUCAAACCACAGCUGGUCUACUGCAACAUGACAGAGGAGAACACAUGGAUGGUGAUGCAGCACAACAACACAGAGCUGACCAGGCUGAGACCUUCUCCAGGUGUAGAACAGCACUUAGUCCACUUCAACUACUCGUCUGGAGAGGAGCAGCUGUCCGUCGCCAUCAGCCAAUCAGAGCACUGCGAGCAGGAACUGACCUAUCACUGCAGGAAGUCCCGCCUACUCAACACUCCAGAGGGUUCUCCGUUCAGCUGGUGGAGAGGUGGCCCUGGUUCUGGUCGAAUCCAGACCUACUGGGGAGGAGCUCAUCCAGGCAGCCAGCAGUGUGCCUGUGGCCUGCAGGGCGACUGUGUGGAUCUACAGCACUACUGCAACUGUGACGCCGACCGCAUGGAGUGGACUGAAGACUCAGGCCUGCUCACCCACAAGGAGAGCCUCCCUGUCUGGUCUCUGGUGCUGGGUGACGUUCAGAGGCCGGGGUCCGAGGCUGCCUACAGGGUGGGACCCCUCCGUUGUCGUGGAGACAAAAACUUCUGGAAUGCAGCGUUUUUCGACAAGGAGACGUCGUACCUCCAUUUCCCCACCUUCCACGGAGAGCUGAGCGCCGACAUCUCCUUCCUGUUCAAAACCACGGCCUCCUCUGGUGUGUUCCUGGAAAACCUGGGCAUCAAAGACUUCAUCCGCAUCGAGCUGAGCUCCUCCACUCAGGUGCUUUUCUCCUUUGACGUCGGUAACGGACCGCUGGAGGUUCUUGUGGAGUCGAGAGACCCGCUGAAUGACAACCGGUGGCACCGAGUCCGAGCCGAGCGGAACGUCAAGGAGGCGUCGCUUCGACUGGACGACCUCCCUGUCGCCACUCAGGAGGCUCCUGCUGACGGACACUUCCACCUGCAGCUCAACAGCCAGCUCUUCAUAGGUGGCACAGCGUCUAGGCAGAAGGGUUUCCGCGGCUGUAUUCGCUCUCUGCAGCUGAACGGCGUUACGCUGAACCUGGAGGAGAGGGCGAAGAUCACACCUGGGGUUCGACCCGGCUGCCCAGGUCACUGCAGCAGCUAUGGUUCACUCUGCCAGAACCAGGGCCGCUGUGUGGAGAGAACCAACGCCUUCCACUGUGACUGCAGCCUGUCAGCUUACACUGGAGUCUUCUGCCAGACAGAGGUGUCGGCCAGCUUCAAGUCUGGAUCCUCUGUCAGCUACACCUUCAAAGAACCCUACGAGCUGAGCAGGAACAGCAGCGCUCUGCCAUCCUCCAUCUACUCCGACAUGACGCUGAGAGGAGAGAACAUCUCGCUGAGCUUCAGAACCAACCAGAGUCCUGCUCUGCUGCUCUACGUCAGCUCCUACUACAGAGAGUACCUGGCCCUGCUCGUCAACAAGCACGAUAAGCUGGAGGUGAGAUACAGGCUGGACAGCAGCAGAGAAGCUGAAGUGUUGAGGAGCAAAGUGAGGAGUUUGGCCAACGGACAGCUGCACACCAUUACCAUCAGGAGACUGUCGGACUCUGUGUCUGUGCAGAUUGACCAGAAUGCCAAAGAGGACUUCAACCUGACAUCUGAUGGAGAAUUUAAUGCAAUCAAGUCACUGGUUUUGGGCAGAGUGCAUGAGUCCGAUGACUUGGAUCCAGACCUGGCCAGGUUGGCGUCUCUCGGUUUCGCCGGCUGUCUGUCGGUGGUUCAGUUUAAUACCAUCAGCCCUCUGAAAGCAGCUCUACUCCACCCGGACACCAGCCCUGUCAUCAUCAGCGGACCUUUGGUUCAGUCCAACUGUGGCUCCGCAGGUUCAGCCAAUCCCUAUGCAGAGGAGAACACACACCACCUGUCAGACCAGUCUGGUUCAGUGGGUUCAGGUCAACCUUUAGUCAAUGCCAUCAGGACUGACUCGGCUCUGAUUGGAGGUGUCAUCGCCGUGGUGAUCUUUGUGAUUGUGACUGGCCUGGCGAUUACUGCCAGAUUCCUCUACCGGAGGAAGGACACGUAUCAAAACCAGGAAGUGAAGGGAGUCAAGCAGGACGAGAGCCCAGAUUUUCCUUUCAAUAACCAGGCUGACUCCCAGAGUCUCUCCACUGAAAACCCAAAGGAGUAUUUCAUUUAACUGGAGGCCCGAUGACCUGAUGUGCUGCUGAGUUUUAGGAGCUGAGAGGCUUCAGACAGGAGUGUCCAUCACGUCUCAGGGCUUGGCAGUGCACUCAGGAGCCACUCAGACAUUUUCUCACAGAAGUGGCUCUACACCACGAGGAGAGCAAAGAAGAACAAUCCAUGCAGUGUUGUCUCUCUGCUGCUUUGCUGUAAAUUGUGAACAUACUGAUACAACCAGGCGACAGUGUUGGACUUUGAGGUGUUAAUAUACUCGUGUCAGCGACUGUAAAUAUUCUGAAAUGUAAAUGUUGAAUUCACGUCUUUGUAACAAUCUCUGGCUAAUGUCACUUUGUCAUAUAGAAAUGUUGAAAGUAGCGGAGGUGUCAGUAUAUUUAUUGUGUGUGAGCAGGGAAAUGUGAAGCUGUGUCUUUUUGUGGUUGGGUUUGACCCAGAGCGAGAUGGAGGUGAACUCCAUGAAUUUAACAAGGUGUCUUACUAACCAUACAUAAAUAUUUUAUCUUUACUUCUGAGUAUUUUAUUUUUUUGACUUCCCAUCUUUUCUCCCACUUACUUGCUGUUUUGCUGCACAGCAAAUAUUUCAGUGGAGGAUGAUUCUUUCACCAUAUGACAAAACUGUUUCCAAAAUUCUGAGCUUUUUUGUGGCUUUACCAAGCUUUAAAACUACAUCUGAUAAUAAAAACUUGUCAAACAAUUAUGUGAAUACUCAAAGCUCACUGAUGGAGCGCUAAUGUCCACCCAGGCCGGUGCAUAAUCACAUGGUUUUAGAGGAAGUCAUCUGGAUCCACAUCAGCAUUAAACUGGCUCUUCGUUUGCCCAUUCUUUUACUCCACCUGUCCACCCAGUUUCAUGAAAUUCAGCCUGGUGGUUGUGAUGUAAUCUUGCUGACAUGCAAAACAAACAGCACUGAAAACUCAACCUCCUUGUUGGAUGUAAUAAUGUGACAAUGAACUGUGAAUGUGAAUCGACUGAAUCUGCAGCUUCUCAGCUUUCAAGAGCUCUGUAGUGAGUUUAACCUCAAUGGUUUGCGAUCAAGCUCACGAUUUAGUGUUGUGGUUCAAUCUUAGUGUAGUUUUUGUAACCAACUGGCAGCUGUUAAGAGAAAAGUCCUACUGUGCACUGUCUAAUCAUCACCAUAAUGGCAGACGAACAGCAUUAGCAUCUGAACAUCAUAGAGCAUUUAGCAGCUAAAGAGCCACAUAGUUUUCUCAGGAGUUAGUAAAUACCAAAACUAGAGCUAAAAAAAAAAGAAUAUUGGACAUACAGUACUGGCCAAAAGUUUGGAAGCAACUUCAAGUUUCUGUUCACAAUGUCUUUCUUGAACCCCAUUAUAAAUUGUAUGGAUUUUGGGAUGUGUUUGCUGCAUGAUCUGACUUUGGUUUCAUUGAUAUGCACCAUUUCCACAAUUUACCUUUAGGUAUACAUUGAUGUUACCAGACAACUGCUGAAUAAAUGUCAAAAGAAAAGAAAGGCUUAGUUUUAGAGUUGACAGAUUUGCAAGUCACAACUUCAGUGCAAAAGUAAGAAACAAAUAACAGUUUGCAAUAUUCACUUUAGCUCUUUGGCUUUUCAGAGUUUGCACACAAAAAUCCCAAUGAAUCUCAACUGUGUCCAUAUCCCUAGACCUACCACAGAAACGGAUAGAAAGAAACAGCUGAGUAAAGAAGCAAGAGUAGGAAAACUGUAUUCUGAGUGACUCUAUAUAAUAAUCAUGUUUAUUUUGUUGCAGAGUGCACCAGUGAAACUACAGUCUUUUCUGUACAAAUCUGAUUUGGUUUCCAAACUUUUGGCCUGUCGUGUAGAAUCCACAGAAUGGACACAAACAAAAGUCCAAAUGAACGAUGUGACUCUGUCACUGCUUGGUGUGUAAACAAAAUUUUCCAUGAACUCAGUUCUAGCUGAUUUGGUAAAACUCUACUAAUAGCAGAGCAACUGGUGUGUCUUUUCAGUAGUUAGAUAAUCUGAACAUUACCUUAUAGAAGAGGAGAUUACAGAAUGAAAAUACAUGCCGACUUCUGAAAGUUGAUAUGUAACAUUAAAAUAGGUUUGUUUUGACAUGCAUCUUAAAGAUUAGAUCUUUAUCCACGCAGUGGCCCACUGCACACACAGUUAGGCAAUUUCCAAGCCAAUCAGGGUCAAAAUACUUAUUAGCAUUUGAGCUUGAAGCUAAAGACAGAACAGACCUUUGAGAGACAGCUACUCACCUCUGCACUGAAAGUUUCGCUGGAACUACAAAGUCAUCUGAAGCUACAAAAGUUCACUUGGCACAUAUCAAAGUGGCCUCACUUAUAUAAAACAGUCCGAGAAACCCCCUUUGCACUAAAGAAGUUGUUUCUUUCUUAGCUUGAUUCACCAAGAGAGUAAAACUUCUCUUCAAGGUAUUCAAACAGUUUAGAAAAACUAGAUCUCUGGUCUGUUGUUUGGAUUUAUAUAGAAAGCUUUUGCAUUUGUUUUUGACUGGUACAGUCAAGAUAGAGAUGGAUUAACUUGGGCACACGGUUUAUUAGAUUUUUUUUUUUUAAGUAUGAAAACUUAUCGACAGGAAACCAACACAGAUCCAAAGACCUUGACCAUUUCUAGACUUCAGGCAUAUGUACGGUUCAUUCAAAAGCCUUUACAUCCCCUCUUUGCCUUUUCUUUGUAUUGCUACUUAAAAGUUUAAAUGUUGCCUGCCUGGAGCUUCGUCUCUGUCUCUCUAAACAGUGAAGCUUUUAACACAGACUGUAUUACACCGUUUCUGUCUGUCGCCUCCUUCACUGCACGCAGAGACAGUUAAUGUGUUUUCGAAAAAGGUAAUCGGCUUCGAUCUGACAGGUGGAUUGUGAUUCGCUUGAAAGCAGAGCAAGAUGAUGAGAACGAGACGGAAAGAUAAUCUGAGACACCGUGUCGAGCAGACGUGGUGAUAAUGAAAACACAUUCUGAUAUUAAUGCUGGAAAAUGACGCGAAUCUCUUCAUGUGUUAAUCCAGCUCGUGUGUAAAGAGUGCUGAUGAUAGAAGAAGCAGAGAGAGGAUCGACAGCAGCUGUUUAUCAAACACACCACCGUCUCUCUGCGAGAACCCCCGAAGCACAGAUGGGAUUUUAAUGACAAAAAGUUGCUAAAUCUUCAAAGAGCAUCUUUAAACUUCAUCACAGCAGCGAGUGAUGGCAAGGUUUUGCUUCCUGUUGUGUCACAGUCGUCUCACUGUGGGCUUGAUGCCGGAGUUAACAAGUAGCUGUCCCCACUGUGGAUUCCUUCUGCAGCAGAUGCUCACUUUUAACAGGCUGAGGAGUAAAUCUGGAUAAAUAAACUAACUUAGUCUAUAAUCUGGCACGUACUGAAACAUUCACAACUAUUUGUUUAUUAAGAAUUUUCAUUAACCCUAGAGGAUGAAUCAUAUGGUCUUUGGUGAUUCUUGAUUUUGUCCCCCUGUGUCACCAUGAACUUGACAUGUUUGUUUUUUAAUUAAUGUUCAUGACAACUGUUUGGAAAUGUUUUAAAUAAAUACAGCACAGCCGUGGUCCUCAGAGGAUGAACUGUAAUAACACAGCCUCAUACCAAAAUGUGUAAAAGCUACGUUGAUCCAUGGCGCAAAACAUAUUAGUUUCAGAAUAAAGGCUGUGAAUUUGUGAGAUGCUUCAGUUUUUGGACGUAUUCUUUUCUAUUGUUUCACCCCGUGCAUAUUUUUGAAUCAUUUUUUGUUUUCAGACUCUUUCAGUCAUUGUUUUCAGAUGCCAUUUUGUGUUGCUCUUUUUGAAUCAUUUUCUCCCACAGUUUUUGGUCAUUUUUAGGCGCUGCUUUCAAUCUUUUUCAUGUGCUUUUUCGCUUAUUUUCACCCAUGGUUUUUUGUCAUUUUGAGAUGCUGUUUUCAGUCAUUGGUGUCAUGUCAUUUUAGCGGUUUUUAGCCAUUUUCCAGCAGCUGGUUUCAGCCCUUUUCAGCAGCCCUUUCAGUUGCCAUUGUAAGCCUUUUAAAGUCACUGUUUUCAGCCAUUUCCAUGUGCUGUUUCCAAUCAUUGUUUUCUGUCAUUGUUCUUGGUCACUGUUUCGAGCCUUUUUCAAUCAUGAUUGUUGGUCAGUUUCUUUCGUUGUUCUCAGCUAUUUUAAGUCACGGUUGUCACAAUUUUCAGCCAGUUUUUAAACUAUUUUUAGUUGUAGUUUUAGUUGUUUUAGCCAUGUUCAGUCACAGAUUCCAAUCAUUUUGAGUGGCUGAGAAUGACUGUAAGCAGCAACUGAAUACAAUCACGCAUUGCUUUGGUUUACACUUCAAAACUGCUUGGUUAAAUUUAGCUACCAAAACCACUUGGUUAGGUUUAGGAAAAGAUCACGAUUUGGGUUAAAAUACACCUGUAAAAAUGUUAACCAACCUACAAUAGGUUUCCAGGUUAAUGGGUGACGAUUCACACCACAUGAAAAGCAACUUUACAGCCUUUGUUGUGGAAAUCAUACAUUCAGGCUGUAGACCACCUCAACUAUUUUUCAUGUGAGACUGGGUUGUAACUCCAUCGUCAGUCCAGUCACAUCAUCCUCAGCUGUGUAAAGUGUGAGCUGGCAUAUGCUAGCAUGCUAACAGACUAAACUAAAAAGAUGGUCAACAGUGUUCCAGAUACACAUGAUGUGAGCAUUUUCCUGAAUGUUUCAACACUGGAAACCGCCAAAAUGUUGUUUCUUUAGUACAUAAUUAAAAACAAUGCGUCUGUACUUAAAAUCAAAUUAUACCAUGAAAGGACUUAAAGCAAAAGUCAUCCAAAAAAGGCAAACCUGUAGUUUGACUUUAUGCUUGAUGAAUAUCCAUCAAAUCUUGAUUGUUAUACAGAACAACAGUGCUGUAACAGCUACAUAUUUGAGCCACUCCAGAUACAUUACAAUAUCAAUAUUUUGCUGACAGUAAUUUAGUUUCAUUUCUGGCAAGAUUUGUAGUUAGGCUGAACAGAUAUGAGUGUAACAAUUACAAUGUAAUGGUACAUAGUACUGGUAAAUAACAGUGAUGUCAGUGAGUUUAAGUGACAUGCCACAAAGAAAAGAAAAUGUUAUCCAGAAGAUUUUAAUCAUGUUCUCGUCAUUUGGUUACAGACAAAUCCUGUUUGAUGAAAAUAAAAACGUUUUUUUCAGAGA